AUGGGUACAUGGGAUUGGCAAAAGUUAUGUAAAAAGGUGAAGGAUAUAGAAGAGCAAUAUGCAAAGAGUGAUCAUGUCGUGGAUUUGGUAACAGAACAAUUCAUUAUUCAUGUCGAUGGAGAUAGUUCCGAGGAUAGCAAUGAAGAUGACGCUAGUGCUGACGAACGAAGCAGUCCUGAGCCUGGGCCCUCAGUAAGCAAAAGGCCUUGUUGCGAGACCAUUGAAGGCGUGAUACCGUUCUCUGAUUCAGAUUAA